AUUGGACCGGUCGUUACACCUGACAACAAGGUGGCGUCGUUAGAAACGUGCAUUGGUUGUGGGUAAAAAUAAAAAAUAGUGGCAGCUUAUUCGUCUCGUGUUAAAGUAUCAGUACAGAAAUCCGGUUUCAUUUGGUUCAGUAUGAAUUGCAGAAAGAAAACGCUGAUUUCAGACUGGCACAAACACAGAGAGGCAGAUCCAAAGGACUAUGAUAUCUCUGCAUGUGGUGUUGGACAAAGAAAAUUGCACCAGUCAACAUACAUACAUUUUGGCACACACUUGGAUUCUGACUGGAGAACAACCACCCAAAUGGCUCAUUCAAAAAAGGAGCCUGAGGCCAAGCACACUGCAAAAUCAAUGGUGCAGACUGACAAUUUCCACACUCUGGUGUUUGACAGAGAAACUGGAACAGCGCCCACAGCUGGCAAAUGUGUCCUUUCCUGCUCUCAGCCUAGCUGUAAUGGAAAUGAGUUAAUUACUACGUAUGCAUUGGAUUACGUUCCACCUCGUUUUACCACCAAACGGGCAGUACAAGCCAGAGAGCUGACAGACAGGAAGCAGGAUUUCAGAAGACACCAGUCUCAGUUCACUGAUGUAGCAGAUCAUCGACGGUGGGGACGGAACACCUGGCAGGACUUUAAUGAUGCACAGGCUGUAAUCCAAGGAGUGGCAAAAUCCCUGUAUAGACAAAUAAAUCUUUCAUGCCCAUAAGCUUCCAUUCUAAUACCUUCUUUUACUUGUUUUGGACUCGUUAGGGCAAUAUUUAAUCAAGUAUGUCCUGCUGGUGUUUUUCUUUUUAGCAUUUAUAACGUUCUAAGUGUUCAAUAAUGAAAUAUAUGUAGAUAAGUCAUUUAUACCACCCACUAUGCACACGUGCAAAACUAAUAUAAACACUGUAUAGGCCAGAAUUUGGUUUCUGUUCCAAUGGGAACUGCAUGCUGGUGAAAUAAAUCUAUUCCUUUGCUUCUA